AUGUCAGCGUCAUUAGCCGGGAAACCACUGACUACGAGUCAUGGGGCAAAGGAUGACUUUGUCCGAGUGAGAAAGAGAGAUUUAGAGAAGCUGACCACAGAAGUCAUGCAGCUGAGGGACUUCCUGCCCAGAGUCCUGAACGGGGACUUGAUUGAAAUGCUGCACAAGGCUCGAACAGCUCAGACAGUGAAGGAGCACCUUACACAGGAACAGGAGCGGUUGCGACAGGAGUGUCUGCACCUUCAGUCCCGACUGGAUGCAGUUCAAACAGACUGUCAGAAAGAGAGAGAGGAGAAACUGCUGUUACGCAAGCAGCUGUGGCAGAGCGCGGCAGAGCUGCAGCAGCAGGCAGAGUUCUGCUCUGGUCUGGGAUCUGCAACCUGCAACAUGCUGUGGAGCUGCUCUGCCACUGAGGAUGCAGUCACACACUGGCUGGCAGAUGGGAAGCUGCAGUCCUUUCUGACUGUAGCUGCUCAGACUCUGGAGAGCUUCGUCAGGUCUCUGGAUGCGGAGGUGAAAACUCAAACCGAGGACCACAACUCCCAGGAGCACCAGUUUGUGUUAGCUCUGGCUGGAACCAUCACUAACAUAGCAGCAGCAACAUGUGGGCGAAACUUCCUGUCCAGCUCAGCUCAUGUCCUGCUGGAUACUCUUAUGAAGCUUCUGGAGCUGAUGAAGCCUGGUGUCUUCCCCAAACUCAAAGUGCUGAUGCUGAUGGCACUGUACAAUGUAAGCAUCAGUGUUAAGGGGCUGAAGUACAUCAGUGAGAAUCCAGGACUCCUGCCUCUCAUCUGGACCCUGCUGAACGAUGGAGACUGGGAGGUGUGUCUCCACUCUCUGCGGCUCCUGCAGUCGUUGUUGCUGGAGGAAGAAGUGCUGCUCAUGCUGGGCUCCUCUCUCCUGGAUCCAGACCUCCAUGCUCGCAUCCGCCAGCUCGCCUCCGGCGCAAAACCAAGCCUGAGAUUGGCUGCCCAACAGACCCUGGAGGAUCUGCAGGCCCUCCAACAGACCCGUCUGUGUUUGGGCUGUUAUUAG